AUGGCUUCAACACUCCGCUCGUGGCUCACUCUUGGGCUACUGGCUCUUGCGUCACCGAUUAAGGCAGAACCUGUUCCACGGCACCAAGGCCUGGCUGCGGUUGAUGCUCGCAAUCUUGCCCCCCUCGAGGAGCGGGCAUUGUACAAUGGGCUUGCAUCAGUAUGCUACACUUUCACGACGGAAUACCUGGCCGCACCGUUCAUAACUCCUGUUCCUGGCGGCCCAUAUGGUCCUGGAGGCCCAUAUGGUCCUGGCGGCCUUGGGGGCCCCGGGGGUCCAUACGGCCCUCCCGGGGGUCCUCCCGGUCCGCCUGGCCCGCCUGGCCCGCCUGGUGCUCCGGGUGCCACUCCCACAGCGGCUCCUGGGAUAGGUCCUCUCGCAACUACAGUAUCUGUCGCUCCAGGGUCUCCUUUCAGCAUCAGCAUCAUUUCAUUCCUCAGCAGCCUGGGUGACCAGAUAGCAGGCUUCACGACGGAUCCAGCCGUGGCCUUCAUCUUCUACGACCCAGUCACUCGAUCCUUCUAUGGCGUUGUGCCAGCCAACCAGCCCGGAGGCGUCAUCAGGAUCUUUAUACGAGCAGCCGACCCGGCCACUGGUGUGACUUACAACUUCAUUAUUCAGAUCACCAUUAAUACUGGAGGAACUGGAGGAACUCCUACUGGUGCUGUCCCGACCUCUUCCGUCUCGCCAGGACCUUCGCCCGUUGAGACGAUCUUUGCCGGCAACCCUUUCGUAAUCGACCUGCGAAAGUACCUGCGGAGUGAUGCAGACACUGUGAACACACUCGCAACAACCCCAAACACUCCCUUCAUCAACGCGGACUUGAACGCCGCAACCAAGCAAAUCGUUGGAGUUGCGCCGGCCGACUCCCCAACCUACCCUGUCACCAUCCUCGUCACCGUCAUAGCCACCACCCAGGCAGCAGCCGGCGUGAAGGCUAGGCAGAUCGGUGUGGGCGUCAGCUUCACCGUUCAGUUCACCAUAGUUAUCCUCGGUCCCAACUCCAACACCAGCAGCGGCGGGCCGGUCGUCCCUACCUCAUCCAUCACGAGCGGCAAUCCCCUGUCUACCAGUACAUCAACUGGAAGUUCCAGCAGCGUUUCGAGCGAGAAUCCACCGGUGUCGCCCACUCCAAGCCCCAGCAGCGGUGUCCCAGAGAGCAGCACCGGAACCUCAGAGAGUAGCACUGGAACCUCAGGGAGCAGCAGUUUCACUGAGCCACCUUUCUCUGAGCCUACACCUACAUCGUCUACCGGCACAGAAAGCAGCACUGGAACCCCAGAGAGCAGUACUGGAUCCCCAGAGAGCAGUACUGGAUCCCCAGAGAGCAGCACUGGGCCCUCAGAGAGCAGCACUAGUGCCACAGAGACCAGCACGGGUCCCACUGAGCCACCUUUCACUGAGCCUACACCUGAGCCUACAUCUACAUCGUCUAUCAGCACUUCAAGCGAUGAAGGAAGCUCGUCAACUUCCAUUAGUACGUCAAGCGGCGAAGGAGGCCCGUCAACCGAGGCGACCUCGUCAACUACCAGUACCACUUCUUCUACAUCUUCCUCUGCGAGCUCGAGCCCCACUCCUAACGAGAACGUUUCGGACUUGCCGGAGCUCACCUGCGCUGGUCCCGCGUACGAAGUUGUUGGCAACAGUCUCUACACCGUGGGCCUCGGCCUUGGCGUUGUCAACUUGUUGACAGGCGUGAUUAACCUCCUCGGCGCACCUGCUCCCCCUGUGAAUGCACUCGGGUAUCAUUCCGUUCAAAACUACCUCUACGCGGUUGAUUACAAUUCGAGGCCUCAGAACAUCAUCCGAAUAGGCGCCGGAGGCACGGCCGAAGUUUUUACCGAAGCCUCUAUCGCAGCGACGGUGACUAACAACCAACCGCUGCUGAUCGGUGACAUUGAUGGUAACCAGCAGUACUGGCUCGGUCACAGCGCUGGCCUUGGUUAUGUGAAGUUGGACUUGAACGCCGACAGUGAAACCUACGGAACAGUCGUGGCGUCUGGCGCCCCGACUGCAGCUCUGCCCUACCCCAUCGGAGACUGGGCCUAUAUACCUGCUUAUCCCGACGCGCUCUUCGCACUCGGCCAGGAGAUCGUCCCGGCCGGCACCCUUGUACUCCUCCCGAGCUACAAUACCCACCUGAUGCUGUUCAACACCACCACUUUCACCUGGGCUAAUGUCGCUACCUUCGCCGGCAUCUCAGGUGGCGUAACGGGCGUACUGGGCGAGGCCCAGUGGGGAUCUGUCUACUCUGCCAAUGACGGCAACGUCUAUGGCACUGAGCAAAAUUCAGGCUUGCUGUGGAGAUUCCCUAUUGCUGGAGGGAACGCGGCCCUUGUUUCGCUUGGGGCUAUCCCUCUGAACGGCGACGCCAUCGACGGAGCCAGAUGCCCACUCAGUGACAGUCUAGUUGCGACGUUGUUGUAA